GGGAAGUGGGACUGAGGCCUCCCGUCCAGAUGCUGGGCCCCGCAGCCCAGCCCCUCUGAACAUGAACCACUAUGCUAAUAAGAAGAGUGCAGCGGAGAGCAUGCUGGAUGUGGCUCUACUGAUGGCCAACGCAUCCCAGCUAAAGGCUGUGAUGGAGCAGGGACCAAACUUCUCCUUUUACAUUCCCAUCAUCACUCUAAUCAGCAUCUCCCUGUGUCUGCAGGUCGCAGUCGGAGUCCUGCUCAUCUUCACAGUUCGAUGGAACCUGAAUGAUGAGCAAAGGCAUUGGAGGCUUAACAUUAUGGAAAACUUGACCACAUGUCUGGUUUUUAUCAUAUUGGUUGUCAACAUCUUCAUCACAGCAUUUGGAGUCCACCGGCCGAAGCAAAGCAACUAAAAAAGACACAAAGAUACACACA